CGCCCAGCCCCUGAGACGCCAGGCUUUCUUGCGGAGUGUGAGCAUGCCUGCCGAGACCGCCCACGUCCCCUCGCCCCACCAUGAGCUCCGGCGGCCGGUCCUGCAGCGCCAGACGUCCAUCACGCAGACCAUCCGCAGGUACCUGGGGCCGGGCAUGAGUGUGUGGACAUCAGGUGGCGUGUGCAUGGCUUGUGAUCUCUUGGGAGCUGCCGGUGCCGUUGGUGUUCCCCGGGGCUCCUAACAGCAGGUGCUGGUGGUGUUUUCCCUUGCAUGUCCAAGCAGUCUGGACAGCUUGUCUGGGCUUGCAGUGCCCACCGCCUGAGUUCUGUGGUGUCUGAGGUCAAGCUGCUGCCCGGGGCCAAGCUCUCUGGCUGAGGGCUGAGCUCUGCGUGCCAUCUGUGGGCUCAGUGUCUCCCUGUGAAACCCCCUCUCUGUUGGGUUGAGGAUCCAUGUAAAGUACUCACUUGGGCAAGGCCUGCCCUCUGCAGUUCUCAUGGGAAUUUGGAGGUGGCUCAUCGUUUAGGGGGUGGCCAGGGCCGGAACCCAUUCGUCCCCUUAAUUAGAGCCAGCCCACCUGGACCCUGGAGUGGCUGGAGGCUCCAGGAGGGGGGCGUCUGGGGGAAGGCUGGCUCCCCCUUGCUGAGGCCCUCCCGUGGCAGGGGCACCGCCGACUGGUUCGGGGUGAGCAAGGACAGCGACAGCACCCAGAAGUGGCAGCGCAAGAGCAUCCGGCACUGCAGCCAGCGCUACGGGAAGCUGAAGCCGCAGGUCCUCCGGGAGCUGGACCUGCCCAGCCAGGACAACGUGUCUCUGGCCAGCACGGAGACGCCCCCUCCCCUGUACGUGGGCCCGUGCCAGCUGGGCAUGCAGAAGAUCAUAGACCCCCUGGCCCGGGGCCGGGCCUUCCGCGUGGCGGAUGACACGGCCGACGGCCUGAGUACCCCGCACACACCUGUCACGCCUGGUGCCGCUUCCCUCUGCUCCUUCUCCAGCUCCCGCUCGGGCUUCAACCGGCUCCCGCGGCGACGCAAGCGCGAAUCGGUGGCCAAGAUGAGCUUCCGGGCAGCUGCGGCCCUGGUGAAGGGCCGCUCUGUUAGGGACGGCACGCUGCGCCGGGUACAGCGUCGAAGCUUCACUCCCGCCAGCUUCCUGGAGGAGGACACGGUGGACUUCCCCGACGAGCUGGACACGUCCUUCUUUGCCCGGGAAGGAGUCCUCCAUGAGGAGCUGUCCACGUACCCAGACGAGGUGUUCGAGUCCCCGUCAGAGGCAGCGCUCAAGGACUGGGAGAAAGCCGCGGAGCAGGCCGACCUCACCGGUGGGGCCCUGGACCGGAGUGAGCUCGAGCGCAGCCACCUGAUGCUGCCCCUAGAACGAGGCUGGCGGAAGCAGAAGGAGGGUGGAGCAGCGGCCCCACAGCCCAAGGUGCGCCUGCGGCAGGAGGUAGUGAGCACGGCGGGUCAGCGGCGGGGCCAGCGCAUCGCGGUGCCGGUGCGCAAGUUCUUUGCCAGGGAGAAGCGGCCCUACGGGCUGGGCAUGGUAGGCCGGCUGACCAACCGCACUUACCGCAAGCGUAUCGACAGCUACGUCAAACGUCAGAUCGAGGACAUGGACGACCACAGGCCCUUCUUCACCUACUGGCUCACCUUCGUGCACUCGCUCGUCACCAUUCUAGCCGUGUGCAUCUAUGGCAUUGCGCCCGUGGGCUUCUCGCAGCACGAGACCGUGGACUCGGUCCUGCGGAACCGCGGGGUCUAUGAGAACGUCAAGUAUGUGCAGCAGGAGAACUUCUGGAUUGGGCCCAGCUCGGAGGCUCUCAUUCACCUGGGUGCCAAGUUCUCGCCCUGCAUGCGCCAGGACCCGCAGGUGCACAGUUUUAUCCGCGCCGCGCGGGAGCGUGAGAAGCACUCAGCCUGCUGCGUGCGCAACGACCGGUCGGGCUGCGUGCAGACGUCGGAAGAGGAGUGCUCGUCCACUCUGGCAGUGUGGGUGAAGUGGCCCUUCCACCCCAGUGCCCCAGACCUUGCCGGCCACAAGAGGCAGUUUGGCUCUGUCUGCCACCAGGACCCCAGGGUGUGUGAUGAGCCCUCCUCAGAGGACCCCCACGAGUGGCCAGAUGACAUCACUAAGUGGCCGAUCUGCACCAAAAACAGCGCUGGGAACCACACCAACCACCCGCACAUGGACUGUGUCAUCACAGGCCGGCCCUGCUGCAUCGGCACAAAGGGCAGGUGUGAGAUCACCUCCCGCGAGUACUGUGAUUUCAUGAGGGGCUACUUCCACGAGGAGGCCACACUGUGCUCACAGGUGCACUGCAUGGAUGACGUGUGUGGGCUCCUGCCCUUCCUCAACCCCGAGGUGCCGGACCAGUUCUACCGCCUGUGGCUGUCCCUCUUCUUGCACGCUGGGAUCCUGCACUGCCUGGUGUCCGUCUGCUUCCAGAUGACCGUCCUGCGGGACCUGGAGAAGUUGGCCGGCUGGCACCGCAUCGCCAUCAUCUACCUUUUGAGUGGUGUCACUGGUAACCUGGCCAGUGCCAUUUUCCUGCCAUACCGGGCAGAGGUGGGCCCAGCCGGCUCGCAGUUUGGCAUCCUGGCCUGCCUGUUCGUGGAGCUCUUCCAGAGCUGGCAGGUCCUGGCACGGCCCUGGCGCGCCUUCUUCAAGCUGUCGGCCGUGGUCCUCUUCCUGUUCACCUUUGGGCUGCUGCCCUGGAUCGACAACUUCGCUCACAUCUCGGGCUUCAUCAGCGGCCUCUUCCUGUCCUUCGCCUUCCUGCCCUACAUCAGCUUCGGCAAGUUUGACCUGUACCGCAAGCGCUGCCAGAUCCUCGUCUUCCAGGUGGUCUUCCUGGGCCUGCUGGCCGGCCUGGUGGUUCUCUUCUACGUCUACCCCGUGCGCUGCGAGUGGUGUGAGUUCCUCACCUGCAUCCCCUUCACGGACAAGUUCUGUGAGAAGUACGAGCUGGACGCCCAGCUCCACUGAGCGGGCUGCGGCACCGGGGCCGCGUGCUGCAGGCAGAGCCAGGCGCACGCUCCGCCCCAGGUCUCGCGGGCCACGGGACUGGGCCUGCCUGCUUGCCGAGCCCUGACCUCUUGCGCCUCGUUCGCCGCUGGUGAGCUCCUCGUACUUCAGGGCAUUGAUAACACCAGUUCCCACGAUUACCUUCUAACUAGUUUCUUGACGACCACCUCAUGUGGCCAAUAAAUGGACCGGGAGCGUUUUAGCUGCCACUAACUUAUCA